AUGCCUCAUUCACGAAAUAGCAAAUUUGCCAACAGUGAUCAAGAGGAACCGACAUCAAUGCCUCCGUCCCGGUCCCCUACUCCCAGAGUCAUGGAGAAGACUGAUUCAGUUGUCAAUUUGACCAGGCCGGCACUUUAUGCAAUUUACAAUCAGUCAUCACUUUUAAGCUUUAACAAAGAUGAAUCCUAUGAAGAUCUUGAGCUUACAAAAGAUGAGCCUAGUUCACAUCAGUCGAAAGACAUGCUGGGAUCCAGGGUUCGAUCAUCGGUGGCUAAAGAAAAUGCAAGUGAAAGUAAUACAAAAUCGAUAACAUAUCAAGUCAUGAAUUUGAUAGUAAAAGUAAUGGCUUUGUCUGUUGCAGCUUUUAUCUACAAUGGGCUUACGAAGCAUAUACAUAAUAAUCAUAUCCCCUCAACGAACAGUUUUGAUCCACUUCAGUUUACUAAUUUACUUUUACGCAAUUUCUUCGAUAAAUUACGCUUGGAAAACAAACACAAUUAUUACUCAGUAAACUUAUUGAAUAAGUUAUUAGCUCCUACUCUACAGGGGCUUUUGAUGGGCCUGAUACAUCCGCUAUUGGAUUCUAAACUUCCGACCAUUCUUUCAAAGAGGCUCCUAUCUUCUAAUCCUGACCCGUAUUAUGCCAGUCAAUAUUCCAAUUUGUUUAAUGAUCUUAUAAGAGCUUCUAUUACAUUUCUAGGUAUUUCGUAUGCUAUACGAAAGCUUGAGUGGAGUUCUUUUUUACAAAUUUCAAUCGUUUGGUCUCUUUUAAAUCCUGGAUUAUGGUUAUUGUUAGAUGGUACUAUCAGUGGAUUUUUAUCAAGCUUCAUAAUUGCUAUGCUUGCUUGCUUAGGAGUCUAUAGCCUGAAUUACUCCCUUUUGAAUUCUUAUCUGGGGUUUCAAAGACACGAUUUUAUAGCAAUCUGGGUCUGGAUUGCUAGUUUUUUCUUUUGUGGAUUGAUCAUCUUCGGUAAAAUAGGAAGAGGAUUAUUUGGAAAAUAUGCAAUAAUUUAG